UUAUUUGGGAGUCAACUUGCCCUGUUGUUGGUUCGGUUACCGUUGGCUCUAACCCGACUUUUACGAAGCGAUGCGGCACGAUCUAGUCUUGGAGAGCUUGAUACCGGGGCUGUGCUAUCUUCCCAUCGGCUGGGCAGACCCAGAGUCUUUGGGAACCCUCACAGUAGGGACUUUGCGAAAAGACUCUGGAUGUGGGUCAAACAGGGUUCUGGGCCAACGAGAUCGCUAGAAUUUGACUCUGGAUGCGAAAUCGCAAAGUCCCUACUAUCACCAGAAUACGGUAAUCGAUGAAACCCUCCCUGCUCCAAGUAGCAGGGCACUGUCUUCAAGGGCACUGUCUUCAACGGGGGCACGACGAAAACCGGCGGGUGACGAACAGGGAUCAGUAAGAGAUAUUCUUUAGUUCAGUUACCCUACCCUAACGAAUCCACUUUUCUACCGUCAAAUACCUCCGUUCGUCGCCCGGGGGUUUUCGUCGUGCCCCCGUGGGCGACUGUAUUCCUAUGUCAAGCUUCUUGCCGUAGAUCGGGUCAGCAUUUCCCGGCGGUAGCCUCGCUACCAGUUACAGACACUCACAGCAAGGUCUAUAUCACAAUUCGCAGCGUAGCACAAGGUAGCUAUCGCUUGAAUACGAUAGGCAGACAUCCUCCACACCCAUGUGAAUUAUGUGGCGGCUUGAUACGAGGAGGUGGGAUAUCGCUGCGGUGUGCCUUGCAGAUCCUCUUGCUGGAAGCCGUACAACGGUCCUCGCGAAGCGAACGGCAGAAUAUUUACGCCGAGAGCGGCUUGCCGACGAAUUAUAUCGCAGCCACGACGUGCAGUGAGACACAUGUCGUACCCCGUUCCCUACUAUUGGUAUAGAUAUCAUAGGGAUUCGUGAAUGAUCAUAGCGCCUGGUUUGCUGAUGAGGCGGCACUUGUUCUGUGACGUUGGAGGAGCUCGCGAUAGGUCGAUUACAGCCUUAAACUUCAAAGUUCUCCGCGGGAAGAAAUGAUCAUAUAUCACGCUCUCCCCGAGGAUUCUCCGGAGCUGCGUGCCCUUCUUUCUAUCUCGCAAUACAAGCAAACCUACGCACACUUUCGACCGCCGUGGUUUCCUUAGGGAUAAGUCUAACAAGAUGCCCAGCCAGCCUUCUAUGUAUCAGAGAGUGGUCACCGCCCUUGGGUUUGCGAAAAAGUACAAUUUUCCACUAUGUAGGCACCGCUUUCCUCAAGGAUGAGUCCUACUUCCACAGCUAAUAAUCAAUAGGGGUGAUCUUCGGAGGCAUCACGGUAGGGUUUUCUGCCGCUCGUCUUCAAUACCUCUCAGACGCAGUCCUUGAGAGCGACCUCGCGCCCGGGGAAUGGUACUGGUUUCGUCAAGACCUUUAUAAUAUCGGUUUGAAGAUCCAUCUAGCCUGUAUCCUGCGUAUGUUCAACUACCUUGACUCGCUACAGUAGGAACCCGAGUAGGAGAGAGAUGUGCUAGGACGUUGGAAUUCCCCUUCUUGGUUAAGUGAGGGGGAAACACUGCAACCUCAAUCCACUCGGAACAAAGCAAAAGGUUUAUAUACAGAGUCCGACUAGGGGAGGCAGCUACAACGCCCUGCACAUCUACCCUCCAUUCGAGUUUGUACUGUGGCCAAACAUUCUCGUGCUGACAAAUACAAUAGCAUGUGCAAUUAUCGGUGUAUUCCAAUUCCUUCCUAUAAUCCGCAGGGUAUGCUAGUAGUCCUCAUGCAUCACAGCCCUCAAAAAGCCUUUACACUAACAGAAAAUCAGAAAGUGCUUCCGCUUCACCGGAUAGACGGCUAUAUAUUCCUUAUCCUUUUGUGGGUUUCCAGCGGAGCUGCUCUAGCCAUCGCCCGUAGGUCAUUCGGCGGGACAGUGGAAACACAAGCAGGGGUAUUCGUACUCUCUUUCUUGUCACUGACAGCGAGUUCAUUGGCCUAUUACAAUAUUAAGAGACUGCAAAUUGAACAACAUAGGGCAUGGAUGUUACGGACAAUGGUCUACGUAAGUUUGACAGUUAACGCCGUAUUCGCCGCUAACCAGGAUCUUAGAUGGGUUCAAUAAUCACUGCGAGGAUUAUAAUGAUCAUCAGUGCUAUUUCAAUCACUGCUGUUGGUUCCUAUUACGCGGUAAUUUUCCGGCCGACUCAUCCGUCUCUCUUUUCCCCAACCAACUAACGUUUACAAAGUUGCUUACCUGUGACGAAUUAUCCGAGAUUGUCUCCAAUUCAACCCGGUUUGAUAUUGACUACCCAACAUGCAAGUCAAGCCCGGAUACCCUCAUCCCGGUUCGCGCAUCCCUAGGCGGGGACAAUGCAGAAGAAGAAAACGCAAGCGCUGUAUUCAGAGUAACUUUUGGCACGUCUAUAUGGGUAGCCGGGCUGAUCCACUACCUAGCUGUUGAGAUAUAUGUAUGCGAUUCCUUAAGAAAAACAGCUUAACCCAAGCUAUCCAAAAGCUAACAGGACAACAGUUGCGUCUUACUCCUGCCGAGAGUGAGAGAUUGCGGAUGGUAAGCUAUGAGCGGCAGCUAGAAAGAGGGUGGAUUCAUCCCGGAAGUUGUGGGUUGACGAGUGAUCGCUGGGGAGAUGCUAAGUGGUCUCCGAUCCCGGUGGAGGAGGAGCACUCCGAGAGGCCUGGGAAAUAAACUACAGUUCCCCCUAUCUCAUGCACAGACAAGGAACUUCCCAUAGCACGAACUUUUCCUUAUCUCUACCCCUUGAUAUACCCCAAAUAAACCCCCCAAAAAAAAGUUAUAUCCUACCUAUAGUGCCCUCAAGAGCUAGACACAUGAAUAUAU